GCUUCCAUAAGUUCGAAUUCUGAAGGAGGAAAGCAAUUAUUAGGUCAAAAAAGCAUUCCAAGUCAAUGAGAUUUUGAGUCCUUGGCAUGAAUUUCAAUAAAUUUUUUUGAAAAAGGACCAGUUGGUUGCCUAUAAAAUUCUAUCAACAGAGUAUAACUUAUAUGAGUUUUCAAGAUCUAUAUGUAAAUUUUUAAAUAUUAGAAAAUUUGAUUUUAGACAAAUUUAUUCGUCGGGCAAAAUUUUCGUUGGACAUAAUUUUCGUCACCAAAGAAAAAUUUUGUCCGACAGUUUUGUCCGAUAAGGUAGCUCGCAAGAUGGAGAAUUUACGAGAACGUGUCAAAGUAUAACGUUAAUUAAUUCGGACACUGCUGUCGGAAGUUUGGCGAAAAAGCAGAGAGUGACCGCGAAUUUUCUCAAAAUUAGUAGGUUUCCAGCAUCGUGCAAUGGUUUAUUUGGUAGGAAGAAGACGUAAACGUUUGUAUUGUGGUAAUUUUCACGAAUUUAAGAAUUGUUUUGAACGAAAAUGCCAUUAGCCGCGCGCACGAGAACCUCGUUAAUGAGCUGCGUGCGUAGUAAUAUCCGCGAAUAUUGUGUAAAUUUAACCAAAGAAGUAACACCAAUUCCGUUGUUUAUUAUAUGCUCAACCCAUACGUUUCAACAAAUGAAAUUUUACGAAAAGAACUUAGGCAAGUGAUUAGGGUAAGUUACCGAUUAAGCGUCACCUAAAUAAGCGCUUAGUUAUAAGAAAGUGGCACAUAAAAACGCGUGUUAUAAUUAUCUAAUAUGCCCAAAUAUGUGUUACAGUUUAACCGAUCUGUUCUGCCCAAUCUUGGAACUCGCACCGUCUUUAGACUUGCCAGGCCAAUCUUCGGACAGUGACAAAUGGAUUGUCAGUCUUAAGACUGGACUGCCCAAUCUAUGGACGUAUAUGUCCAAUCUUAGAACAAUUGUGGAAGUCAAAGAUAUCAAGUCCAGUCUUAAGACUUGGCAUUUAUAUGUCCAAAGAUUAAGCAGUGUCCUAAGAUUGGGCAGAACAGAUCCUUUCUGCUUAACGUUCAGCAUGAGAAUAGGCGGUUGUCUAAUUGAGCGGUUGUGCUUACACGCCUUCCGUAGCUCAAAUGGGAGCUUUAAAUGCACUGGGACCCCUUUCGCAGGACCCUCAUUGAGAAAAGUUCCUCUAGAAACUGAAAAUGCUAUCCUAGGUAAAUAAUAGUAAUGAUAAUAUUAGUUUAAAAAUUAGUAUAUAGCAGAAGUAGCAGAUGUCGAUGGACUACAGAAGUUCACUCCAACCUCCAAUUAUAAUCUGUUUAUAAAGAAGUUAACAAUAAAAAGAAUUUUGCUUUAACUUGUUUUGUUUAUGCUUAACCAUCCCAUUAUCUUACUGAUUGCGUAUUCGCGCGCAAAUCGUAAAAAUGCGCGAAAAUUAGAAAGCGUUUUUUUUCGGAAUCGCGUAAGUUUUUCUCAUAAUUGCGGAAGACAAAACAGCUGUUUAAUUUUAGACACAACAUAAAAUUUAUAUCUUUUUUGACGAGUGCAUAUAUCUUUUUUAACUAUAUAAAAAAAAUUUGUCGUGGCGAGAAGAAUUUGGACCAAAAGUUUUUGCUCAAAGAAACUGCUCGCAGCAGUACUUGAUGCAUUUUAGUUCAAUACACAAUGGUUUUGACAAAAAGAGAGAGUUGUGUCGACAAAUUAAUGAAAAUUACAUUCUUGUUCCUAAUUGUGCCUGUUGUAAGUGCAGACCGUUCUGAGGUACAAAAAACCUCGGGUACAGGAUAGCAGACGAUACCGCACUAGCGUUAGUUUUGAAAUUUCUUUCCUGCUCAACUUCGUAUUAACCAUCGUAGUGCGGUCCGUUUGUUAAAAAGCUCAAUUUUGACACAACUUUUAUUCCUACUUCAAUUGACUAUAAUUCAAGAACAAGGUGGGGGCUGCCCCCUGCACCCCCGGGUCUGUUGACUUUAUUUGACUUUAGUUUAACGCAAGAACGGAUUGCGAGCAUUAGAUGUGUAGCAAAUGCAUUGGGCGCACGCUAACAAGAUGUGCCGCGACACAAAACUGUGUUUGGGUGAAUUUGUGUUGCUUUGGUGGCCCGUAACAUGAGCAGGCAAAAUUUGAGGAGAGAUUUUUUGAAUGAAUUAUUGACUUUGUAGGGCCGAAAUUUCACAACAAAGCGCUUUUAGACUCCGAACUUUCUUUUCAAAGGGCACUGUUUUGGUCUUACUACCAGAUCUGAGCAAAACCAGUUUGUUGAAAUUGCUUGUGACUGUAAAAUGCCCGUGGCUAUCCCGUAUAUAUGCGGGAUCCGCACCACAAGGGUUAAUGUUGAUUCAACGUUGAGACCAUUAUAAUGCGGUGGCAUUGCGAGUAAAAAAGAGGCCGAUGCAAGAUUAAAAAAAGUUAUUUAUAUCAGAGAUUUUAUACGUUGACCGAGAUAGUAUACCGUUAAAGGUACACUAUUUCUCCGCAUUUGAAGCCGUACCGUCCGUAAGCCCACAGGCCUAUGCCCGGCUGUCAGUCCGGUCUAAUUAAAAAAUGACCACAAAUCAUUUUAAUCAUUAAAAAGAAUGUCAUAGUCAACUUCGCUUCCUGCUUAUGACAUAUCUGAUCACAUUUUCCGCCUUUGUUCAAAAGGUCUCUGGCCCCUUUCCACGGAAGUUCCAGGCGGCUUUGCGAUUGUUUACUGUGGAGCCAGCUACGUCGCCGUCACUGGAAUUUGAAUAAAAACUGCAAUUGCGGAAAAUUUCAGCAAGCACAUGAGCAACACGAACCCCAAGGAUGACGGGUAAUUUGCUGCAGAAUAGAGACGACUCCUAAAGUAAAAAAUGGUUAUUCUGUUUGUUAUCGUUUUUGUUUCUAUGUCUUAAAAAUGUUUAUUAAAAUAACUUUGAGUUUUUCGUAAUCCACUGUCGUCUUGUUUUUACGUCCAAAAAAUUUCUUUGUUAUGCCGCGCGAAAUUUUGAAAACUAGCUUCGCCUCGAUUUAUAAUGAGAAGUUAAUUCAAACGAGAAGUGCUUAGGCAUGUAUAGCUAAAUCAAUCUUCAAAAACUUUGUAUUCACCAAAACUUAUUUCCUUAAAGGCGAUGAUUUUCGCCCCUAUUAAAUGGAAUAACUAACAAACCGUAAAAGAGAAAGCUUAGCGAGAGACGUUUGGGAAAGUAAACCUCCUCCUGCGUCUUGAUAUUGCGAAUUCCUUAAUUGGCUUAGAUUUGGUUUAAUACCGAAGUUGAGAAAAUUAUAGCGUGGGAGUUUUAUUCACAUUUUUAAUCUCACAUUUAUACGGGAAAGUUCCCUGUGGCAACAAAAAGGUUUCCGCUAUUACAAUAUGUCCGCUAAAAAGAGCGUUUCUGAUGAAAAGUUAACCAGGACUCUGUUUGUCGUUGCAAAAAUUGUACGCUAGAACGAGUUGUGUCCGCUAUAUGGUUGAAAAAAAAUUUUUACGGCUCUUACUUACGAAAUUAAAUACUUCAAAGUAUUUUAAAGCUGGUUAAAUUUUUUGAUUUGCGAAAGAUGUUUUGAUUGUCAUGUGAAAAAAGAGAAAGGAGAAUUGUUCAAAAAAUAAUCAAUUUAAAUAACACCCUUAAAUUAGCCAGGAAACCUCCCCCAUCGCAAUGCUUUAGCGACAAAAACAAACUAAACGGACAUAAUUAUUUCCUCUUUGGUUAAUGACUUUCAGAGUUUGAAAUUUUGUUAACGGGUGUUUAGAAAAUUUAUAAACUUUUCUUUGAUUUUUAUUGCUAUCGGCUGCCGUUGAACAGUCAUGUUACAGUUUUUUUUAUUUUUCAUAUCUUGUAUCGCUUUCCCUUCAGCAGGAAAUACGAAAUGCAGCUUGCUAAAAUGCGUAAUGACCUGAAUGCGUUACGGAUUUCCGCUGUAGACGUACUAAAUCUAAAUCCAUUAUAUCUUUGCAAUCGCACACGUAAAAAAUAUUACCAGAAGCAGUCCUCCCGCGUGUUCUAAGUUUACUAUUCCGACUUCUAAAAAGAGUUGCAGUUGUUGUGUGGCACCUAUCGGUUGUUUGAAGAUGGAAUAUUUUAUCAUGGCUGCCACGAUUGUGAUGAUGAGAAAUCUUUGGUAAAUGACACAAACUGCAAACUCCUUGCAAAUUAGAAAUCCGCGACAGUUUACCCAAUACGUUGAUGUGACAUGUUAUACGACGUUAUAACUGAAAAUGCGUCAAAGUGUUGAGCGUACGCAAAAAAGUGACUUGUGAUGCCAUUAACGGACUCUGCUACAUCAAUCGCUGCGCAAAUGUCCAGUUUUCUAUUGUCAUCUACAAUAAGUUGUUAUGAAAUCAGCGCACCCACUUUGGCAUUUAUGGAAAUAAUUUAACACCCCAAGAUACCCCGUGCCGUGACAGUACGGGAAAUAGUCUAAUAGCGAUAAUCAUAUCAUAUUCUGAGUGUUAAACAAGCCUGGCGCAAGUUACUUGAUGUAGGUAUAGUUGUCUCGUGCGGAGUGCGAACCUGCAACUUCUGCACUAAAAGAAAAUACUCCACCAACCUUUAUUAAUAUCCUUGUGGAAUAAAUUUUCGCGAGAAUUUUAAUUUCGCAAAUCUGAAUUUUGAUAAUUUUUUUUGUUAUAUUUUGAAAGAAUUUUUAUUCGCGAAUAUAAUUUCAGUAAAUUCCGUGAUAAUUUAUUUCACGAGAGUCAUGUCCCGAUUAGAUUAAUCAAAGGAAUCAUUAUCUAUCAUUGAUGUAAGGAUUCUCAGGACCUGUGUAGAAAUUCACCAACUGACGGCUCUCCACUUCUGCAGCUGGCAAAAUCUUAGCGAAAGAAAAAAUUAAUUUGUUAUUAAAAUAUAUAAACAUAAAUAUAGCCUGAAUUUUAUAUAAAAUAUAUAAAAUCCAGGCGAGCCAAAAAAUAGUACAUUUACGCGAACACAAAGUAGUCCAUUUACACGAACACAAUGAUUUAUCAUAUCCCAAAAUUUCGCUAAAAGAAAAGUUUAAAAAAUAAAUUCACAAGCACUUCAUUCGCGAUGACGGAGAUGCAAGAAUUCGCAAGAAUAAAUUUUUGCGAAUGACGACAGUGGGAAUUAAUGCAUUUCGCGAAAAGCAUGAAAAUUUGCGAAAUCGCGAAAUUUAAUCGUAGCGAAUAUUUACAUGAUAAUAGAGAAACAUGGAUUAAAAUGAAUUAUUAUGUCUGUAGUAGCUAACAGAAAUACGCCAUGGUUCAGGAAGAAGAGAUAUUGGACCAGCCCUUAGAAAUGUCUAGAUAAUUACAUACCACGUAUGACGAGUUUGAUUGGUUAUGUCGAGAAUUUUUUUAUCUCAUAAGUUCAGCAUAGUUUGUGAAACAAGACAGAUCUCAGUUUAAAAAUUAAAAUCUCACUAAAAAAUCAGACACACGGUAUUUUAGGAAAGAGCUGUAAUUGAAAAGAAAACCAGAAAACUUUACAAAAGUCAAAAACUCGCUAAAUUGAUUAGGAUUGAUUUUCGCGUAUCGGUGUUUUAAAAAAUUAUGUGAGAUUAAUUUUUGCGAAAAAGAAUUUUCCCGUUAAUUUUAAAGUACUAAAAAAAUAUAAUGAAAAAAAUUAUGAAAAAUUAACAAAACUGCUAAAAUCCUUAAAGCAAUUCGUCUGUUUUGUGUGGGAAAAGAAAUUUCAUAAUUUGACCAAAUGUUGAAAUUGUAUGUAGCUAUUUUUGUGAAAGCUCCCUGGUUAUAACUUGCAGCUUUAGAAAUGAUGGUGGAUCCGAUUACAGAUUAUCUUCAUCCUCGUUAUCAGAGCUUCUUGCCUGAAGCCGUCAUCACAGGAUUAGCACAAUACCCAGUAAACAACGUCGAAUCUGUUAAACAACACUUUCAACUUCUUAAAUUAGCACAGAAAAAAUAUUCAACACGAUAAUAAUUAUCUGCGAGUACUUCUAAAAUCAAAGUUUUUUGUUGAAACAGCCGAGACGGUUAAUCAAAGAAAUGGAAUGAUAUCAACGCUCUCGUGUGAACAGCUUUCAAACAAAAAACAAUCUUUGUUUAAUUCAUGCGUUCGCAUUGAAGCGUCUCACAUCUUUUGUGUUUCCUAAAAUUUGAACCCGAAACAAGGGUAAUUUUUUCGGUUUUAAAAAUUUCGUGUUUCUCGUCAAAGACUUCUUUUGUAUGACUAUAUUUUCUUUUUUGGAAUUCUCCUAUGCAUUUUAAUCACGGCAACUAAAAGGUUGAUGCAGCAGUGAUCUCCUGUAGUAGCCAAGCAACCUUGUUUGCAGCGCUCUUCCUGUCUUUCAAAACACUUGCCCAAUGAAGAUUUAUUAAGUGCUUAAUUAACUUUCGGAUUUGACCCGAUUUCAACAAUGGUAAAGUAACGCUUCAAGAUUGUAUACUUCUGUUUAUCUUGAAGUAUCUAUCCUAAACACGAUCUCCAACUUCAGAACAAAUUUGGUGUUGCUGUAACACUGACCAAAACAUGAUUUCGCUUCUCGUGAUUUUAUUGGUUCGCUCUGUGAUGUCAUUUCCUCCAAUGGAAAAUCCAAACCUUUUCGAAGGCGAUAUGAUAUUAUCUCCCGAGCAAAUGAGACGCAUCCAAGAUGCUAGUUCUGGAAACAGCUUUGCGGGAGUAAUCUCCAAUCGAUGGCCGUCCACAACAAUUGCUUGGAGCGCUUCCAAGGAAAUAAUACAAAGUUCGAAAGCGAUGAAAGCGAUCAACGCCGCUAUCGUGGAGUAUCACGCCAAAACUUGUUUAAAGUUCGUGCGAAGAACGAACGAGAAAGCGUAUUUUUAUUUCUAUGAGGGCUCGGGGUGUCAUUCAAGAGUCGGCUACUUUGGUACUGUCAAUAAAAUUAGUCUUGCGUCAGAAUGCCAACACGCUCCAACCGCCAUGCAUGAGAUGUUCCACUCUCUAGGAUUUCAUCAUGAGCAAUCCAGAGCUGACCGUGACAAAUAUGUCAAAAUAAUAUGGGAUAAUAUACCUAACGCUGCACGAAAAAAUUUCAAAAAGUAUCCACACAGUCAGUUGGAUUUUCGAGGAGAAGCAUAUGACUAUUUAUCCAUCUCUCAUUAUCGCAAGGAUACUUUCGGUGGUGGCCGCAUGACUAUCAAAACGUUGCAGAAGAAAUAUGAAGAUCUGAUUGGUACAUCCACUCACCUGAGUGCAAGUGAUGUGCGACAAUUAAACGCUAUGUAUCGAUGUAAUGGAAAAGGAACGCUGCCGCCAACUUUAACGCCACCCCCUUCGCGAGCACCAGUAUGUGAGGACGAGAAUGGUUUGGAUUACUGUACACCUCUUUUACGUUAUUGUCAUUCUGGCUCGACAAGCCUACAGAAAGUUUUGAAAAAACAGUGCUAUAAAUCUUGUCAAUAUUGUUAAUCGCGAAGGAUUUACAGAAUCAAAACCUGCAGUAAAUUAACAAAGUUGUCAAUUAUACUGUACUGUUUAUUAUUGUGAUUGCAAAAAAUAAAAAAGUUUAAAAAAAAUUAA